AAAAGGAACAGGCUCCCAUAAUCCUCUGCGUGCGGGGCUCGUCUUCGCCGCCCCCGCCCACGACGCUCGGCCGGGGAGGACCUGGAGCAUGAGGGUCCCAUCUCAGUGUCACCUGAGGGAGAAAUGAUGCUAAGACAGAAGAAGGUAAGAAGAAAAAAAAGUUUAUGAUGAAGGUAGUAUGGAGCCAGGUUAUGAAGAGCAAUUCAGAGUCAGAAAGACUUGGAGACAAAAUGCCUGAUUUUAAGUUCAUUUUCUGCUGCAGUAGUUAUUUGGCAUUGAGCAAAUUACCACUUUCGUCAUCUGAAACAACAUUUGUACGCUAUUCCUCUCAGGGUUGAGGAGAAGAUGAAAAGAAAUUAUUACUAUAAAAUGCUUUGUAAAUGGUUCCUUGGACAUCAAAGUAAACAUUUUCUUGUCUAAAGAUAAUUGUCAUUAAUCUUUACUAUGGCCUCUGGGACUGAAUCAGUUAUGUUUAAAGAGUUUUGCCCCUUAUACUAUCUCCUCAAUGCCAUUCCAACCAAGAUCCAAAAGGGUUUUCGCUCUAUUGUGGUUUACCUCACAGCACUGGACACCAAUGAGGACUAUAUUGCAGUGGGCAGUAGCAUUGGAAUGCUCUAUCUUUACUGUAGACAGUUAAAUCAGAUGAAAAAAUACAAUUUUGAGGGGAAAACUGAAUCUAUAACAGUUGUUAAACUCUUAAGCUGCUUUGAUGAUCUUGUGGCAGUUGGCACAGCCUCAGGGAGGGUUGCAGUCUUUCAACUUGUGUCUUCGUUGCCUGGUAGAAAUAAACAGCUUCGGAGAUUUGAUGUAGCUGGUAUUCAUAAAAAUAGCAUUACUGCUUUGGCUUGGAGUCCCAAUGGCAUGAAAUUAUUCUCUGGAGAUGAUAAAGGAAAAAUUGUCUUUUCUUCUUUGGAUCUUGACCAGGGCAUCUGUAACUCCAGCUUGGUUUUGGAAGAACCAUCUUCAAUUGUGCAACUAGAUUAUAGUCAGAAAGUUCUUCUGGUUUCAACCUUACAGAGAAGUCUUCUUUUUUACACUGAAGAGAAAUCAGUCAAGCAAGUUGGAACCCAGCCAAGAAAAAACACAGGGAAAUUUGGAGCAUGUUUUAUACCUGGGUUGUGUAAGCAAAGUGACCUCACAUUAUAUGCUUCAAGGCCUGGGCUACGAUUAUGGAAGUCUGAUGUCCAUGGAACAGUUCAGGCUACAUUUAUCUUAAAAGAUGUAUUUGCUGGAGGAGUAAAACCCUUUGAACUGUAUCCUCGACUUGAACCAGCUGACAGAGGAAGUUGUACCUUCUCAGAGAAACACCUAGGGCUUGUGUCAUGCUUCUUCCAAGAUGGUUGGGUACUGAGCUGGAAUGAAUACAGUAUCUACUUAUUAGAUACUAUAAAUCAGGCUACCAUUGCUGGUUUGGAAGGUUCAGGAGAUAUUGUAUCUGUUUCCUGUACAGAAAAUGAAAUAUUCCUCUUAAAGGGGGAUAGGAACAUUAUAAGAAUUUCGAGCCGACCUGAAGGACUAGGAUCAUUAGGUAGAGAUGGUGUAGAAACCUUGGGAUGUCCUGAGAAAAUCCACCUGCAAAGUUUGGAUAAAUUAGGGACCUUUAGUAAUGAAACCAGAAACAGAGGAUCUUCCAUUACCAGUGAAUCAAGAAGUCGGAGUAGUUCUGUGAAUUCUAUAGACAGCAGUUCCAGUUUCCUGACAUCUGGAGACCAAGGGUCCUCUGAAAUAUUGAAAGAAGGCCAGCCUUCUCACAGGUUCAGCGUAAUUAGCUGUGAAGAUUUUGACCAAGAGUUGAUUGUGAAACCCAUUAAAGUGAAAAAGAAAAAGAAAAAGCAAGAAAGUGGGACCAGGAAAACACCUAACUCCCUUGAAGGAACUCCAUGUUAUGAGCAUCAGUUUUCAGAUGAAAGUCCUCACUCAACGACCACAGACCAAUGUUCCAUGACCUCGAGUUUUCUAGGCAGCAGUCUAGAUCAGAUGAGUACAACUUCUCCUGAUCAGCAGAGCAUUUUCAGUGGGGAAUUGCAUGGUGCUUUACAGGAGAAUGACUCUGAAACCUUUAGUGUUCUUGAAGUGUCAGAAUCUACUCCAGACUUAUUAGAUGAAGAAAAUGAAAGUAAAAAUGAAAUGCUAAAAUGCAGCCAUAAAAGUGGAGUGGACAUAGAUAAUUUAGAUUCUAAUCUCCCUGUACUACUGAGUGAAAAUGCAGAAACUGAUGAUAUACCAGAACUCAAACCCAUAUGUUUUCUUGAAAAUGAUGAGCAAAAUAGUCAAGAGUCUCCCAAUGAAGAACAAGUUGAUUUUACUGAAUUACAAAAAGCAGAUGAAACAAAACAUGAACUAAUAAUUCAAGAUACUGAAAGCACUUCUGAAAAAAACUUCACAGAUACACAAACAGUGCCUUUAAGUCCCAGUACUCUACCAAGUUUUGAGGAGUUUCUGCCUGGGAAAAGAAAUGAUGAAAACUGGAUGGAGAUGCCGCGGACUCCAGAAUGUUUUUCCAUUAAUAAGGUCCCAGAAAACUUCAGUUCAGAUUCCUACCAUGGUCCCAUAAAAGAUAAUGUUCUUGAUCAGCAGAAAAAAUUAAAAGUUUCUGAAUUUGAGUUGGGGAAAUCUGGAGCAGAAUCAACUCCUCAAGUGUCUGCUUCAGCAUCCAUUAAACAUGAGGUGAAGAUUGAACAGUCUCUACAAGAGCAAGUGUUAACAUCCAGUGAUGAAGAGGAUAUUUAUGCUCGGGGGCUGCCUUAUUCAUCAUCUGAAGCUAGUGUAGCUGAACUUGGUGUUAGUCUUUCUCUCCAGGAUAUGACCAAGGCAAAUCUUGAGGAAACAGUAUUGUUAAAAUCAGAUCAGUUUGCAGAAAGCUGGAUGGGAUACUCUGGCCCUGGCUAUGGAAUCCUAAGCCUUGUGGUUUCAGAGAAGUAUGUCUGGUGCCUGGACUACAAAGGUGGACUGUAUUGUAGCAGUCUCCCUAGUGCUGGAAUACGGUGGCAGAAAUUUGAAGAUGCAGUCCAGCAGGUGGCAGUCUCUCCUUCAGGUGCACUUCUUUGGAAGAUUGAACAGAAAUCUAAUAAGGCAUUUGCCUGUGGGAAAGUAACUAUCAAAGGAAAGCGACACUGGUAUGAGGCACUUCCACAAGCUGUAUUUGUAGCUUUAAGUGAUGACACAGCUUGGAUUAUUAGGACCAAUGGAGAUUUGUACUUGCAAACAGGUUUGAGUGUGGAUCGUCCUUGUGCCAGAGCUGUAAAGAUUGACUGCCCAUAUCCUCUGUCCCAGAUCACAUCUCGAAACAAUGUAGUGUGGGCAUUAACUGAACAAAGGGCACUUCUGUUUCGAGAAGGAGUGAGCAGCUUUUGUCCUGAAGGGGAACAGUGGAAAUGUGACAUAAUAAGUGAAAAGCAAGCUUUGGAACCUGUGUGUAUAACUCUUGGAGAUCAACAAACCAUAUGGGCUUUGGACAUCCAUGGAAAUCUCUGGUUCAGAACUGGUGUUGUUUCCAAGAAACCUCAAGGAGAUGAUGACCAUUGGUGGCAAGUAAGCAUCACGGAUUAUGUGGUGUUUGACCAGUGCAGCUUAUUCCAGACAAUAAUUCAUGCCACACACACAGUAGCAACAGCUGCACAAGCUCCUGUGGAGAAAGUGGCAGACAAACUUCGAAUGGCAUUCUGGUCACAGCAACUUCAGUGUCAGCCAAGCCUUCUCGGUGUCAACAAUAGUGGUGUUUGGAUCUCAUCAGGCAAGAAUGAAUUCCACGUAGCAAAAGGAAGUCUAGUAGGAACAUAUUGGAAUAAUGUUGUUCCACGAGGUACUGCUUCAGCAACAAAAUGGGUAUUUGUGUUGGCUUCUGCUGCUCCUACUAAAGAAGGAAGCUUUUUGUGGCUGUGUCAGAGUGCCAAGGAUCUGUUUUGUGUGAGUGACCAGAAUCCACAAUUCCGUCCUUCUACAGUUCAGCUUCCUCCUGACACUGAAAUGAUAGCAUACUCUGCCUGCCAGGAUGCCAUAUGGGGCUUAGAUAGCUUUGGGCAAGUGUUUAUCAGAACACUGUCCAAAAGCUGUCCAACAGGAAUGCAUUGGAUGAGGCUGGACCUUUCUCAGCUAGGUGCUAUAAAAUUAGUCAGUUUGUCAUGUGGAAACCAGCACAUCUGGGCCUGUGAUUCCAGAGGUGGAGUUUACUUCCGAGUAGGAACCCAGCCUCUAAACCCCAGUUUGAUGCUUCCAGCAUGGAUAACAAUUGAGCCACCUGCCCAGCCUGUGGGAAUCAACUUAGUUAGUGUCCACUCCAGUCCUAAUGACCAGAUGUUGUGGGCAAUUGACAACAAGUGGAAUGUCUAUGUCCGCCUUGGAAUCACUGAGGAGAUGCCUGUAGGAACUGACUGGGAACAUGUGCCAGGAUUGCAGGCCUCUCAUCUGGCUGUAAGUACAAGGACAGUUUGGGCACAUUGUGCAAAUGGGGAUGUGGCCCGACGAUAUGGCAUUACCGACAAGAAUCCCGCAGGAGACUAUUGGAAGAAAAUUCCUGGGAAUAUGUCAUGUUUGACAGUGACCCCUAUAGAUGAACUAUGGGCUAUUGGCCCAUUAGGGUAUCUUCUCCAGCGUCUUACAAAGACCUUCAACCAUUCUCACAUCUUGCAGAAAAUGGGGAACACUUCAGUCUUACUUCAUCCUGAUGACUUUGAAGAUGAAUGGGAAGUCAUCUGAAAAGACCCUUGUGAAGGACUUCUUGGGAAUUCCUAUAAUCGGCACAAUUGGUUUCAAUCAGUUCCCUUUGACACAUGCCCCAUUGACAUCUGACCGUCCAUCCCAAAUGAGUCCACAUGUUUCAGUAUUUCUUUGGAAGCCAACAGAUGUGGCAAACUGAAAUUAAACUCUUAAUUGUAGUAGCUCAUUCUGAACCAUUAACUCAGUUAAUCUCAUUAGUUGUGACAACAGCUACUUUUCAACGUCAUGCACACUAACAUCUAUAAAUAUGUAAUAUCUUUAUGAGAGGGGCUUCUGUUGUGUUCAACAUUGUCAGCAAAUAUCAUUAUUGGAUAAAGUGAAAUUAUCUCAAGUUCCUGUGAUGCAUCGAAAAUUCUGGUUAAGCUGAAAUAUGUCUGUGUACGUUAGAUAAAAUUCCAAAUCUUCAGCACCAACAAGAGGUAGUAAAUGUAGAUAAUGAAGAAGAGUUUUUUGGGUUUUGGUUUCUACCCAAAAAUGAUGGAUUAGGAUUAGCAUGAUCAGUUUCCUGUUAUAAACAUAUAUAAUGGCCCCAGGGCUAAACAGAGGAGGAAGUUAAUGCUCUCUGACCAUCACAAUUUGUUCAGAUAAUGGCUUCAAUUACACUCACAAGAGUUCAUUCUCCUCCUCUCAGGCAGACACUCAGAGCUGUUGCAAAAUUGAUGAUCUCAACUCCAGAAACUCCAGAGGGGCCAGUAGAUAGAGAUUAAGUGCAGCAGGGAUAGGAUGGGUGAAUGGACUUCCACAAAGGCCAGGACGGUGGUCUCCCUGACGGCACUCAGGGCAAAGUAGUAGUCUUCUACUUUCCCAUAAUCUAGGGCAAAUGAAAUAAUAAUAAGAAAGGCCCAUAGAUGAAAAUGAGAUACGUAAGUGUAUGUAGAGAUUUGAGAUGGGUCCCAUAAACAGUUAGUGAUGAGAUGGGGAGGUGUUAUCACUACUGGGAGUAUAGCUAUGUUAGCUAAAUUUAGCCGUGUCUUUUAAGUUAUAUUUAACACAUGUUGCCUGUGGGCUGGAUGAAAACAGGCAGCAUCCUCAGCCAAUUAAUCAUUGCCAUUUGUUUGGUUUUGUUAUAAGCCUCUCUAAGAUACCUCAUUCUUUACAAAAUCAGAACCUAAAGAUAUAGAGUAGAACUUUUAUGUUCAAAAAUCAGAGUGAACUUUUCCCCUUCUCCUACUUGAGGCUUCUCUUGGAUUUGUGCUCCUUCUCAAGCUGCAAGGCAGCUCACUUUAAGAAGGGUGAGAAGGGGCUUGGCAUCAUGGAGUCAGCAGAGAGAAGAAGGGGCUUGUCUUCCUCACAGCUAAGCCUCUGCCCGGGCAGCACGCUGCUGCUCCCCAUUCAUAUCAACCACAUGUCAAGACUUCAGAAUCAACACAGUCCCGCUGAAAUGGAACAGUCUUUGAGCACAAAUCCUUGGGAACUGCUCUCUCGCAUCUGCUCAUACCAGCCAGACUUUAAAAUGGGGGACUCAUUCAGCCUUGUGUCCCAUGUACAGCCAGUGCAUCUGUUCCCUGCCCCCCCUCACCUUUGAAAGCCACAGUAAGCAGCAGUUCCAACCAAGUGAGAGACUCUUUGAUAGUUUUGGUUUUCAGCCCGGCCUUCAGUCCCUUGACACCUGCUUUAUGUGAGUGAGUGAGUCAUAUGACAGUCAUACUUUUGACUAGUGAAGAUACAACCCACAGGUAUGUUGUGGAAGGACCAGUUAGGGAGGAAGGAGUAUUACAUUAAUAGCUGAGGAAGAGUCUACACCAGAGGUGUCAAACACAUGCCCAGACACUCCCCAGGCCAACCAGGAUCAGCUUUAAAUGUAACUGGGAAAAUGUUUUGCAAAAUAAAUACAAAUAAAAAUAAAACCUAGAUGUUAAUUUGUGGUUUUCUAAGUCCCAGCCCACACAGAUCCAUUUCUCUUUUUUAUUUAUUUUUUUUGGCACCACUGGUCUAAAAGAUUCUUUAAUGUGGACACUUUUAUAUAAUACCUUGUAUUAUAGUGCCCCAGCCUAGGUGCAAGUUCUGUACUAAUAAACACUGUGCCUUGCUUGGUUCGUAAUGGAUAUGGAAGCCCUUAAGUCAUGAAAUUUUUAGUGCAAUUGAAAUUUGAGUCGGGUUAAUAAUUAUUAAAGUCCUCUAGCUUCAUUGCUUUGAAUAGAAUUUUUAUUUGGGUUUUAACUUUUGCUUGUGCUUUGAGAGUGCAAUAAACUAGACUUUUUCCAAAA